CUACCUCCUUAUAAUCCACUAUAUCACCGGCAAAAAAGAAAGAUAUAGUGUUCACAAGACUUAACAAUUACAUAUCGAAAAAGUCAUCCAACCCAAUUUAUGAACAAUUUUGCUGACCAAAUACCAAAGACCACCUCUUUCUCUUCAACUUCUCCUUCAUUCUUCCCAUUUUUUCUGUUUCCUCUAUUCCAUAUUCUUUCUUUCACCCCUUUAAUUUCUCCCAAUCUUUUCAGAAUCGUUGUUUAGGUUAUUUGAUUCACUGAUUUAGGUUUUAUUGUGAAGAUCUCAGAAAUGGCAGGUCGUUACGAUCCGAAUCCUUUUGAUGAAGAAGAAGUCAAUCCCUUUUCUGAACAGGGAGGCAAGGCCAAGUCUUCUGGCCAGUCAAACUUUGGUGGAGGAGCUUUUUACAUGACGAAUCCUGGAAGUGUUCCUCCAGCUGCAAAUUCAAGGCUUUCACCUCUUCCACCAGAGCCAGCGGAUUUUUACAACCCUACAGCUACUGUGGAUAUUCCUCUUGAUUCAGGAAAGGAUUUGAAGAAGAAAGAAAAAGAACUACAAGCAAAAGAGGCGGAAUUGAGGAAGAGAGAAGAGGUACUUAAACGGAAAGAGGAAGCUGCACAACGAGCUGGAAUUGUUAUUGAGGAGAAGAACUGGCCUCCGUUUUUUCCAAUCAUCCAUCAUGAUAUUGGAAAUGAGAUACCAAUUCAUCUGCAGAAGUUGCAGUACACAGCUUUUGCCACACUGUUAGGGUUGACAUUAUGUCUCACCUGGAAUAUUGUUGCUGUUACUACUGCUUGGAUAAAGGGUGGUGAUGCAACUAUAUGGUUCCUUGCUAUUAUCUACUUUAUUUCGGGUAUCCCUUGUGCGUAUGUCUUGUGGUAUCGUCCACUUUACCGAGCUUUCAGGACUGAGAGUGCCUUGAACUUCGGAUGGUUUUUCCUGUUUUAUCUGAUUCACGUUUGCUUCUGUAUUUUCGCUGCUGUUGCUCCUCCUGUCGUCUUCAAAGGAAAAUCUUUAGCGGGUAUCCUUCCAGCCAUUGAUCUUAUUGGAAAAAACGCCCUAGUUGGUAUUUUCUACUUCGUUGGAUUUGGACUAUUCUGCCUUGAGUCGAUACUCAGCGUAGGGGUUCUUCAGCAAGUAUACAUGUACUUCCGUGGCAGUGGAAAGGCAGCACAAAUGAGGCAGGAGGCCGCAAGAGGCGCAAUGAGAGCUGCAUUUUGAUACAUAUCCCGAUAGACUGAUUUCAGAAUAGCAACUCCUUUGUGUAUGGUAGGGAGAUCGAAAACCAGCCUUUAGCUGCUCAUUUCAUACGUGUUAUAUAUAUCUUCGUUUAUUUGUUUGCUGUUCCUAUUGAUCAUGCUGGUAAAUUCCGAGAGGGCUGUUCCUUCUUUAUACACACUUUUAGGUAACAUUAUUUUUAUUUGAACUUUUGACAGUUGAAUUUUAUAAGUUGUUUUGGGUGCUCAAAUGUAGUUCUGAUUCACUGUAAAUUUUGUUCUAAUACAACUUUUAGCCUGUUGGAUACUACGAUUAGUUUGUAAAUAAAUGAUCGCCUUUCUAACGCAUUGAAGGAUGUUAUGUGCUACAAAGUUGUUGAUCUCUA